ACACAAAUUAAUCACAAGGUGGGAAAUCAGAACAAGAAGUGCGGGGCUCGGCGUGUGCGGGACAAACACCGUGGACAAAGUGCGCGGGGCCUGCGGGCUCUGAGUCUGGACAGCCUCUUCGCCCCGUGAACGAGGCGACAAAAUAAAGUCACGUGAUCCAAAAUGGGCAGUCCUCUGACGGUGCUGAAAAAAGCCAUUUUCUGGCGCUGCUGCAAAUUCUGUUCAAGUCCCAAAUAACUGAGCCGCCCUGCGCCGCGAGGACGCGGACCCUCGGAGGAGAGACCAGAUCAGCCCAGAUGGAUAAAAUGCAGCCUAACCGGAUCAAAAUCACAGAUCUGAACCCACACCUCACAUGCCCUCUGUGCGCCGGCUACCUGAUUGAUGCUACUACCAUCGUAGAGUGCCUGCACUCCUUUUGUAAAACAUGCAUCGUUGCCUUCCUCGAGACCAAUAAGUUCUGUCCUCGAUGUGACGUCCAGGUCCACAAGACGUGUCCACAGCUCAGCAUCAGAGCAGACAAAACUCUGCAAGAUAUUGUUUAUAAGCUCGUUCCGGGGUUAUUCAAAGAUGAGAUGAAACGGAGGCGGGACUUCUACGCAGAGAAUCGUGUGCUGGAACCGGGGGAAGUGGUGGAGACGUUCAACAUAGCAGAGGAUGAAAUUAUCAGUCUGUCCAUACAGUUCUACGAGAGGAACAAAAAUAAUGAGAGGCAGCAUUCAGAGAUGGAAGGAGACAAGUCCAACGGUAAACGCUUCCUGCAGUGCCCGGCAGCCAUGUCCGUCAUGCACUUAGCGAAGUUCCUCCGCAGCAAGAUGGAUAUACCCAACAACUAUCGGGUGGAGGUGCUGUAUGGGGACGAACCCUUAAAGGACUACUACACACUAAUGGAUAUCGCUUACUUCUACGAGUGGAGACGAACUGGACCCAUCCCUCUGCAGUAUCUGGUCAAACCCACCCGGAAGCGCAGGAGGCCGUCCCAGUCUGCUGCCCAGGGCCACUCCGAUGGCGUCAACACCAGCCCGACGUCGGAGAGCGACUCUCAGAGCGACAAAGUCCACAGUCCCGCUGCCGCUCAGCCGGCCCGAGCCUCCUCUCAGUCCAGCCCGGCGUCCCACAACCUCUCUCCCGCCAUCCAAAGCUCCAACGGUACAACUGUGUCCAACAACGCUCAGCGACACGCCCUCUCCUCCAAACAGGCCGCUCGCAAGGUGACUGUCAACGGCACGAGCUCCGGGGCCGGCAAAGAGGAGGCGAGGGGCGGGGACAAAAGCGGCCUGCCUCCCACGACCUAACGCGCACGCGCACAGCGGCGAGGAGGACACUGUUUGAAUUGCUUCCUUGUUUCUUUGUGCAGAGCAAAGAGAGCUCGGGCCUUCGUCCUUCUGGAAAUGUGGGAGGCAGAUUUGUGUUAUCUUCCAGCAGGACAGACUGAAACGUGCAGCCAAAUAGACACUUGUAUGUAUGUGCGUGUGCGUGUGCGUGCGUGUUUAUGUGUGUUAGACUAGAACAGUGCACACAUACAAACUGUACAGUAUGUAUCAAAUGUGAGCAUGUGUGCAUACAUAUGUAUAAACUUAUCUUUUAUACAAGAUAUUGUAAUCGUUUUGUAUUGUACACGCAGUGGGUCUGUUUCAUUUCCAUAAGCAUCGAUUUGGCCUCCGUGAAACUUGAGACAAAAUGCUGAAAGGCAUUGCAGUGCGGCUCACUGCUGAAGCUGGAUGUAAAGACGAGGAAGAGAAACUCUUGCUUUAAACAGUCAGACGUGUUAAUAACUGCUGUAUAAGUGUCCAGUAUAAGCAACGGCUCAUCAGGUAACACAUGCUCAUUAAACUGUUGAUGCACUUUGUUACGGUCACUUCACACAAACCGACGAGUAUUUUCCCGACAGGAGAAGCAUUUAUAUUUACAGAAGCACUACCAAGCUGUUUGUCAGCGUUCUUUCCUUCAUGGCAGUCGAAGAACUCAAAAGGGAUUUUUGAAUAUUUGGCCAUGUAUGUUGUAGUUCCAUGCAUUUCAAGCAUUCCUUUUAUUUUUUUUCUUCUUUCCGUUCAACAAUGAUGCGUUGUUUUUUUUUUUUUUUCAAUUACAAAAAAGCAGCCAUAUGUGCAUGUUUUAGGUCAAUAAAAUGUUUACUUACUAGGUUUUUCUGA